ACUGUGACAAGCUGUGAUUGGUCACAGCUUGUCACAUGGUACAAGGCUAUUGUGAAUAGCCUUGUACCAUGUGAUCUCUGUGAUCAUUCACAGAUUUCACACGUAGUAAGCAAUGAUGUCACAAGUGACAUCUUGCUUACUACUUUGCAUGUGAUCACUGAUUGGCCAAUCAGUGAUCACAUGAUCGUACAGAUCGGUGUUUCACUAUGUCCGGAGGACACAGCGGGCACCGGAUCGUGGUGCUGUGGGCUCCCAGGGAGCGUG